CAGGGACAAGGGGAGGGGCAUAUUCAGUCCUGAGGCAUCAACAGAUGAUGGAGACAGAGGGGAAUUGGGCUCUGACGAAUCAUCUUUGAAUGCCGGCCUCUACAUUAGUAGACGCUUGAAUUUUCCCUCCGCUUCAUGUUACGAAUUGUCCUGACAGCAGCUCGGCCUGUCUUCCGAAGCUCACUUGCACGGCCAUAUUCAGUCGUACAACAUCCACAUAAACACUCUCCUUUUCUGCGAUCGUUUCAUACACGAGAGUCUCUACGAUAUCCACGCGCGAAACCCAAAGUCGACCCUGAACCUAACCCCAACCCUGACCCCGUUGUUGUUGCCAACCCUACACUAGAGAAGAGUGCCGAGGCAGAUAACACCAAAUUGUUGGAGGAUUUGGACAAGGCACCUGCUGUCAAGGUUGCGAAGAAACUCAGGAGGAGGGCAAAAAAGAUACCAGUCCCUGACCCCGUUGUCGACAAUUCCACCCUCGAGAAGGGUGCCGAGGCGAAUAACACUCAACCGCUGGAGGAUUUAGAAGAGACACCUAUAGUCAAGGGUAAGAAGAAAACCAGUGGAAGGGUACAAAAGAAUCCAGUCAAGGGUGCCGAGGCGAAUGACACCAAUCCGCUGGAGGAUUCGGAAGACACACCGAUAGCCAAGAUUGAGAAGAAAGCUAGGAGGAGGGUGCAAAAGAAACCAGUCCCUGACCCCGUUCUUGUCGACAAUUCCACUCUAGAGAAGGGUUCCGAGGCGGAUGAUACCAAAUCGCUGGAGGAUUUAGAAGAGACACCGGCAGUCAAAGUUAAGAAGAAAACUAGGAGGAGGGUACAAAAGACACCAGAAAUUCCAUCAGAGGUGGAAGUGAAGAAAAGCAGAAGAAAAAAGGAGAAAAACCCCGACAUCGUGCCCAACUCAAAUGUUGAGAGCAAGGCACUUGAGGAAGCCAAAACUGACGCGGAGGUAUCACCCGACAGAUCAUCUCUAGAGCCAUCACAACAUGAAUAUGCAGCCAGCAGAACGUUUCUAGAAUCCUUAGGGAUAUCUAUGCCUCAAAAACACAUGAAAGCUUUUCUCACGCCAGGUUCCGUUCACACUAGGGGAAGGAAAAAGCGCCCAAACAAAAGGGAGCUUAAAAAGGAGCUCAAAAAACAAAAAAAGCAAUCUGGUGUUGAUGGUGAUCAAACUGAAAGCGCCCCGGUGGAAGACAUACCCACAAAGAAAAUACGACCAAAAGCAAUCUGCAAUGAUUUUGAGAUGGAACUCUCUGGCGCAUCCGUGGAGCUGGCAGAGGGGUUGGCGCAGGUUAUGGAAGGUGUUUCUAAAAGUAGUCGGAAAAGAGUGAAUGUGGUUAGUGGCGAACUUUGUGGUAUUUGACCCCUUGCCAUUCUUGAGAUGAGCUAAAAGUUUCAGAUGACAUAUUAGAACGUUUGAAGCCGUCACUUUCGAAGCAUAUCGGCUGCGAUAUACUUGACUUGAACCCUGGAGCAUGCGUCUGGUCCUCCAAGAUGCAUGAGUUUCUCAAGCCUCGAACUCACGUCCUUAUGGAAAACGAUGCCCAAAUUUAUAAGCCAUAUAUUCAGCCACUUCUAGAUGCUCCAGGUUCGACUUACAAACUAUGUGUCAAGUCGCCAUUAAUUUGGUCUGAAAUGAAUUCUGUAUUCACCAAAGAUUUCUUUCCUUUGCAAGAAGCUUUUCCAGAAGGAGACCCUCGCCUUGAUGAACCGAAUGAUACGAUGCUGGUAUUAGUAAACUUGGCAUUUUUUCCAAAGCAAUCUUAUAAAGGAUUUCCCAGCAUCACCCCUCUGGUCAUCCACCAAUUGAUUUCGUCUGUUAUGUCUCAUGCUCUCUUCCAGAAGUAUGGUCUUAUUCGCAUGCUCGUCUGGGUUGCUGAUACUGAAAGAGAGUCCAUGCUACCUAGACAUGUUACUUUCAGGCGGAAAGCCUCUUUAGAAGCCGAGAUUGCUUGUAAAAUCACCGAAGUGGCAUCAUCCGGCAGUCCGCCAGCGUUUUUCCGGCGAGAUUCUGGCGUCGAAAUCUCCAUUACGCGCAAGGUUCUCGAGAAGAUGAAGCAGCUCGAUAUCAAAACCCCACGAGGACGUGAAAGUAUUGUCCAGGAACAUAUAAUGAAUUACCCAGAUGAUGCAGAGGAGUUAGUCGACAUGCUCGAUAGCGACAAAAAAACCCAUCAUUACCUCCAGGAGCUUACGGAGCUAGAGGCUAAAUGGGAAUCUGGAGACAAGAUCAAAGCUUUCCGUGUCACAGAAGAAGGCAAGUUGGCUCACGAGGCGAAAAGUAGAUUGGUACCAAAUCCAGACUAUGCGCGGAUGAUUUUGCUUCAAAACCGAAAGGAAUUUCGCACCGCGCAGAAGCAGAAUAGAGAUGCAAUUAUAUCGAAACACAGGGACCUAUUACAGCAGCAAGCAGCUUGGUACGGCAUAGAAGGCAAAGAGGCAAGCCUUCGACGCGACGAGCUCAAAAAACUUCGGGAUGAUCUUAUUGAUGAAAUCGAAAAUCUCAGAUCCCGGGAGGCGAGAGUGAGAGUAUAUACAGAUAUCGAUAAUGCCCGUUGCAUGUACGUUGGGGACAGCCCUCUCUUGCAAUACGACCGCCGGGUUUCCGAACCCUUGAAAGCCUAUAAAGAAGAAUUCUACCCCAGCCAGACCGAGCUCUGCCUGCUAGACUUUGAACCACAACCUAUCUGGCCCGUCUUGCGAAAGAACUUUCCAGCCAAUCUGGACAUCUUUCAGCACAUCCUCACCACCAUCUUUGCCCUGCCUAGCCAAAGCGUCAAACAGGCGCUAAUUUCGCUCUGGCCGGGCGCGUACGAGUACUUGGUCCAGGAAUGUCCUUCCCUGACGGAUCCUACAGUUGGGGGAGAUCCCAAUCUGGAUUUGCUUGCUGUGAGGUGUCUGCCAUUUGUGUCUUUCCGGGAGAUUCUUGAGGCGUGGGAUCGCUGGCCUUUUAGGCCGACUAGGGAGGAUCUUUUGGCUCAUGGGGGAAUGUGGGAGAACGAUGAGGGCUUGGAGGCAAUAAGUGGGAUGACAAUGUAUCCUUGAGAUGGAGUUGCCAUAUCGCCUGGUUUGGUGACGUGAGUACAUACUGUCGGUGUGAUUUUGUUACUAUAUCCGCGGAGAAGGAACAUCUUUCUAUUUACAGAAGCGAGUCUGCACUAGACAGUAUCAUAUUCUCACCAUAGCUAUACCUAUUUGGCAGGCCCUUUGGGCUGUUGAAUACCAUUAGGCCGCUCGUCGCUAAGCACUUAUCGCAUAGUGAUUAGCAAAUGAGCUAGCAUCUACGUCGGUAAUUAUUUGAUCCAUUUCAACGCCAGGUGAGCGA